AUGGCUUUUGUUUACCGUCUUCAAUCAGGUCAUACUUUAUCGAUUAAACAACUUCGCCAUGCUCUACAGCUCACUACUGACAAACAUCUCUCACUUCAUACAUCACUUCUCUUCGAUACAGAAAUGAAUCAACUCAUGCAACGAGUUAUUACACGGAAACAAAACUAUACUGAUAUGUUUUCAAUCAUCGAAACUACUUAUGAAACAGACGAACAAUUGAAUGAGAUUUUACACAAUGAGAAACGUAAUCCUCAGCUUUUUGAUCUUGCUCAAGGUCUUGUCUUUCGAUAUCAUAUUAUUUAUUAUAAACAAAUCUCUUCAAAUCAUCUUCUUUCUGACCAGAACAUAGUCAUUUUCAAUUUUCAUCAUGCUGUAUUUGAUUUUCCAUCAAUGCAAGCGUUUCUUCAUGAUCUCAAUCAAGCAUAUACAACAGGUCAAUUAUUAUAUGAUGACAGCACUAAUCUUCGUUAUCUUGAUUAUUCUGUUAUUGAACAACAAAUGUCAAUGACCGGUGCAAGUAUGUUUUGGCUUGAUGCUCUUCAUGAUUGUAAUCUUGAUCAACCAUUAUCAUUACCAUUUGAUCGAUAUCGUCUCUCAAAUGAACAUCGAACUGAUCUCGGAACAUCUAUUUCAUUUGAUUUUAGUCAACAUCUCUCACAUGCCUUUCUUACUCACGCAUCCUCAAACAACAUAUCAAUUGAACAUCUCACAUUUGCUAUUUAUUUCAUUUUUCUAUUUAAAUUGACUAAUGGACAAACAGAUCUAUGUAUUGCUAUGAACAUAAAUAAUAAUCGAUAUAGUGACGAACUCAAAUCAAUCAUUGGCUUGUUUGAGAAUGUCAUUCCAUUACGAUGUCAAUUAGAUUCUCAUUGGUAUUUUCAUCAAUUACUCAAACAUAUUCAAGACAUAACAACAAAGAGUAUGAAAUAUUCAUAUUUUCCACUUCAACAUAUUCUCAAUCAACAUCCACAUAUUUCUAAACAUGCAUUUCUGGAUACACAUCUGGAAUUUAUAUCACACAUGAGCAGCAAUGCAAUUAUGAUUGGUGAUUCUCAAAUUAUUCCAGCAUCUUUCUCAUUCGAUAUUAAUGAAGAUGAGACAUUAAGAGCAUCUGACUUGUCUCUUUCAAUUCAUCAUGAUUUGAACAUGAAUCAACUUUCAUGUACAAUCAAUGCAUCACUUGACUUAUUCCAUAGAGACACAGUGGAAAAGAUUUCACAACGAUUUCAUUUCAUCUUACAUCAAUUAUCUACAUCUAUGAUUGAUAAUCAAAUAAACAAAUCAAUCUAUGAAACAUCAUUAACAUUACCAAAUGAACAAUAUUUAACGCAGUCUUUAAAUAAUACACAAAUAUCAUUUCCAUCUUCUCUUACUUGUAUUCAUCAUGAAUUUGUGUAUCAAGUAAUGAAACAUCCACAAAAACUAGCUGUUGAACUAGAUGAACAAUCAUUGACAUAUUGUGAACUCUUACAUUAUGUACAAAUAUUAUCUUUAGCUCUUCUUAAUGAGUAUCGUGUCUGUCCAGGUGAGGUCGUGUGUCAAUGUGUUGAGCGAAGCUUAUCAAUGGUGAUUGGUAUAAUGGCAAUUGAAAUGGCUGGUGGUGUUUAUUGUCCAUUAUCACCUCGAGAUCCGCAACAACGUUUAUAUGCACUCAUACAACAAACAAGAAGUCGUCUUAUUCUUGUUCAUCAUCUAACUAAGACCAAAUUCGAUGAUGAUAUUGUUUCACUUGAUAUUGAUUCAAUAUUAAAUAUUAAUGACAUAGAUAAGAAAGGUCUUUCAAGUGCGAUAAUGAAAGGUGAAGACAUAGCCUACGUUAUUUUCACAAGUGGUUCAACUGGAACACCCAAAGCGGUUCAAGUUCGACAUAAGAACUUUAUUGAUUGUAUAUAUUCUUUGACAUACAUUAAUACAUUUAAUAAAGAUGAUAUAGUUGUGCAAAUGACACGAUGCUCAUUUGAUAUUCAUGUUCAAGAAAUACUUGGUACAUUGUUGAUUGGAGGCACGUUGAUUAUGCUUCAUUCAGGUGGAACGAUUGAUUUUGAUUAUUUAUCCGCAGGUAUGUUUAUUGUUGUAGGUGAACCCUUUUCUGUUCCUUUAAUUGAUUUGAUUGUAAAAACCGGUAUAACAAACUGUAUUGUAUGGAAUUUGUACGGUCCAGCAGAAGCAACCAUAGAUUGCACAAUUCAUCUUGUGAACGUCAGAAAUGAUACACAGAGCAUUUCAAUUGGUAGACCAUUAUAUAAUUACGGAUGUAUGAUUAUGAAUCAAUAUUUGCAAUCAUCUGUUAUUGAUCAAGAAGGUGAACUACUUGUGGGAGGAGCAGGUGUCUUUGCUGGUUAUCUUGGAUGCGAUGACUUAACUGCAAAAGCUCUUGUUGAAAUAGAUGGUGAAGUAUUUUAUCGAACAGGUGAUCUUGUUAGAAUGGAUAACAAUGGUCUUCUUUAUUAUCAAGGAAGAAAAGAUCAUCAAAUCAAAUUACAUGGACAACGAAUUGAACUUGGAGAAAUCGAACGAUGUUUACUUUAUAUUACAUCCAUCUCCGCUUGCGUUGUCACUAAAUGGAAAGAUAAUUAUUUAGUGGCAUAUGUUCAAAGUUCUGAUAUUAACGAAGAAGAACUACGUGAACAUUGUCAAUUUCAUCUUCCACCUCAUAUGAUACCAUCAAUAUUCAUUAUACUUGAGAAAUUACCCCUGAAUCCAAAUGGAAAAAUAGAUCGAAAACAGCUACCACCACCUGAUUUUUCAUCCUCAGCUGAUAAUAUUGAUAAUAAUGUGUCGCACACCACCUUAGAACAACAGUUACAAGAUAUAUUUAGUCAAGCUUUCCAUAUUGAAUCUCCUCGUAUGGAUGUUCCAUUUGGACAACUUGGUGGAACGUCAUUGGGUGCUAUCCUUGCACUCACAUUGAUUCGUCAACAAGUCUCUGAUAAAGUUGACAUUGGUCUUUUAUUUACUAAUCCAUCUAUUCGACAAUUGGCUCAAGCUAUAGAACCUUUAUUAGUUCUCGAAGACCCACAAGAGACCAUUUUCGUAGUCAAGGAAGUUCAUGAAACGAAUGUUCGUUUUACACCUUCAUUUAUCAUCGAAUCUUUAGGUAUUGUACUCCUUAUUUGCCAGUGGUUGUUGCCAAUCAUGAUAAUUCAUCAAUGGUGUCCACUUCUUUUUCCCAUCUUACCAAUAUGUCAUCUUCUAUUCUAUGUCAUAUGUUCACGUCUACUAUUGCCAGAAAAUGUUAAAGGAGGCGAUGUGUUUUCUUGGAACUAUUAUCGUUGGUGGUUUUUAGAUCGACUAUGGAAUAACAAUACAUUCUGGCUGCAACAUAUACUUGGUACACCUUUGUACAAUUACUAUCUUCGUCUUUGUGGUGCUCGAGUUAGUCUUACUGCACAUAUUUAUACCAUAACUAUUGAUGCUCCAUGGUUGUUAGAUAUUGGUGAUGAAACUUGGAUUGCUGAUACAACGACUCUAAACUCUUUAUAUUUCAAUGAUAAUGACACGUUUGCAUUACAUUCAAUUAAAAUUGGUUACUAUUGUUCAAUCAGUGCUCGAUCAAUUCUGUUUGGUGGAGUUGAUAUGCAAGAUAAUAUUAUUGUUCACCCUAUGUCAUCAGUCACUGGUUUUAUCGCAUCUCGAACGAUUAUCGAUGGUGACGAAUAUAAAUCGUUUUCAUCAGACAUUUUAAUGACACAUAGUAACCGAGUAUUAUCGAAAUGGCACAAGAUCUAUCAAGUUUUUACAAUCAUCUCACUCAUCUAUAUUCAUUGUACACUCUUAGCCAUUAUCUACAAAGUUUAUUCAGUUGAACAAAUACCGCUACCUAUUAUUAUUGCUUUUUGCUGGACUUUAUGGUCAAUUAUUGCUUGCUUUGUCACUCUCUUUCUCUUAAAAUUCAUAGUUGGUUCUUGUGCUGCUGGUGAGACAUAUCCAAUUGCAUCAUGGUCAUAUUUACAUAAGGUGUGGCUUCGUCAACUAAUUGUACCUAGUUUUCAACAUGCCUGGUUUCUACCAACUUGGCAUGACAAUCUUCACCCAUUUAUUCUCCGUUGGCUAGGUGCUCAAGUUGAAGAUGAUGUCAAACUCGGUGACAUAACCAAGUUCAUGUCCUAUCCAACAAAUUUAUUAAAACUCGAAACAGGAGUUUCUAGUUUUGGUUACGUUUUAUUAGUUCCUACUGAGAUGACACUUGAGGGUAACCACCGUGUAGAUUGUAUAACACUCGGAUCUUAUACAACUCUUGCUAAUAUGUGUUCAAUUUUGCCGGGUAGUCAUCUUGCAUCUCAUACUAUGGUUGGCAAUUUAACGCGAAUCACUCGAGAAACAAAUAGCAACGACAGAGAUAUUUUUAUUGGUGUUCCAGCUCGUGCUAUGCCAUUUCAAAUGCCAAUUAGACAAGCGAUGGAAGAUCAAAUUAAAACUACUACAUUUUGGAAGACAUGUCUGUCUCAUUGUAUGAGCAAAUGUCUUCUCAUAGCCAUCUAUUGGUUAGGUGGUUUUGUUGGCGGACCAGUCGUUCAUACAAUAAUUAUUUGCAAUAUAUAUAAAUGGUAUUCAUAUGGAGACAAAAAAAUAAGCAAACAAAUAAUAAAAAGACUGCAAGAAGAUCAUGAAAUUUUUAUCGGUUCAUUUCUUGGCAAUACUCAAUGGCUAAGUCGGUUAUUUCGAGCAUAUGGUGCAAAUAUCGGCAACAAUGUGAUCAUACCUAAUAUUUCUUCUCUUUGGGAUUACAAUUUGGUAACUAUCGGAGACAAUGUUCGACUUAAUAUCAAUGCUAUUAUUAUGGUAUGUCACACUUUCGAACAGCGUAUUUUGAAACUAGUUCCUGUUACAGUAGGCAACUCGUGCGUUCUUAUGAGUGGAUCAUGGGUAAUGUCAGGUUGUAAAUUGAUGGGUAACAAUCGGCUUUAUCCAUUUACACUCGUAAUGAAAAAUGAUAUAUUACAACCGAACACACAAUGGAAAGGACUUCCUGCACGUAAGUCA